AAGGCCGGCAUAAAAUGCGUUAGUAGUCCUAGUGCGCCAGAGCCCAGCAACCUGAGUACGGUGCUGGAGGCAGUUCCAACUGAUCGAAGUCCUUGAAAAUUUGACGGAGGGGUUGGGCCUUAUCGGUCCAAUCGUAAGAUAAUUUUACAUUUGAAUGGUGAAGUGUCUAACAUGCAGAGUGGGCUCUCGGUCAAAAUCUAAAGUUUUCUCAAGGUUCGGACACACCGAUUAUCGCCCUUUUUUUUAUCGCAGUACCACUUUAGUUUCAUUUAGUUGUUGUUUUUCAGUUGUUACUAUUUGUUUCUAAAAUUUUGUUGCCUAGUGACUGUUUUUCAAAAAAGUAAUUUUCGUCGUCAACACAUUCGCAAUGGAAAAGGAAGGUGAAAUUCUACUUAAACCCGGUCAACAGAUAAAACCUCACGUUCCAAAUGAAGUGGUUCAUCAACUUGUUUUUAAAUUGUACAAUCUUGAAGUGGCUUCAGUAAAAGAAUUGAAUAGUUACGACGAUAAAAACUUCCACGUCACGGUUAAAAGUGACAGUGCCUUGCCUGAUAUUCACGAUGCAUGCCCUCACGGGUAUGUUUUGAAAGUCCUGAAUUCCCUUGAUUCAAAAGCGUACAACUUGAUUGACGCACAGAAUGAAAUGAUGCUUUAUUUGGCUAAGACGGGGUUGCCUUGUCCAAGACCGGUGAAAAAUAUUGACGGAAAGAGCAUGUCGUUGGAGCAUUUGAAAGAUGCACAGAAUCAGUCUACGGAUCAAUAUAUCGUGCGGCUUCUGUCCUUUGUGCCCGGUAAAAUUUUGUUUAGCGUUCCUUAUACAAAGGAAUUGUUUUUUCAAGUCGGAGAGUUGGUGGCUAAAACAGAUCUCGCUUUGAUGGGAUUCAAACAUGAUGGUCUCAAAGGAGUUGAUCGCAUAUGGAAUUUGAUUGCCGUUCCAAAGCUGGUAGACUUUGUCUAUGUGAUUGCAGACGAACAAAAACAUUCACUGUCGAUGGAAGUAAUUGAGAAUUUCAAGUCCAAUGUUAUUCCAUUUCUACAAGAGCUUGAGAGUGGCCCGAUUCAUGGAGAUUUCAAUGAACAAAAUAUACUGGUGGAAGCAGAUAAAGAGGAUCCGGAAAAAUAUUCUAUAUCCGGCAUGCUGGAUUUUGGAGAUGUUCAUUUUGGCUAUUACCUUUUUGAUAUCAGUAUUGCUAUUUGUUACAUGAUGAUCGAGUGUAAAUCAAUGGACAUGUUGGAUGCGCCAGGCCAUGUCUUGGCGGGUUACAAUCGCGUUCGCCCGAUCCCGCAAAAGGAAUUUGACUUGUUAAAGGAUUGCAUUUCAGCCAGAUUUAGUCAAUCUCUGGUUUUGGGCGCUUACUCUUAUUCCCAAAAUCCGGAUCCCUAUCUUUUAACUACGGCGCAAAGAGGUUGGCAAUGUCUCAAGACGCUCUGGGAUUGUCCGAAAAGUGAACUUUACAAACGCUGGAACGAAAUUAUAAAUAGUUAUGCUAAUAAUUAAUCUCGCAAUUUUAUACAAACCCUUUGGAAGUUUGUGAAAGCGUUGAAAGUGCCUGACUUAAAGCAACUUAGACAUAUCCAAUAAAAGAGAAAAUUAAAAGAAAGUAAAAGUU